AACCAUAAUCGAAUCCGAUACAGAAUAAGGUUGCAGGCAAAACUCGGAACAGAAACUCAAACAUAUAUAAGAUGACCUGCUCAGAGUUUGUGUCGUGGGUUCAUCCUGAUGGACGAGCAUCGUAUCCAUUCAUCUUUGUUAACAAGUUGUGAAUGAGAGGGUACAAAAGAAGAACUUUCAUUUAAUAAAACAAGCACUCGUGUGGUCUCUGUACUAUUCUCUAGUGGAGGGACCAAACCAAGUCCAGCCAUACAUUUACUUACUACAACAAGAAGAAGAAAAGGAAAGAAGAAAGGGUACGGAGAGACAGAGGGAGACAGGAGAGAGGAAGAAAGAAAAACAACAAAGAGAGGCUUGCAAAGUCCACCACGGCACGCUAUAAAGAGCAAAUCAAAGCAAAGAUGGAAGGAAGGAACAAGAACACAAGUGAACAACUAUAAUAAUGUCCUGUUUCUGUAGUGUGUGUAUAUCUCUCUGUUUUUUUUCCUCGACUAUGACACAUGUUGUUGUUGUCGUCGUAUAAACCACCAAAACAUCGAUCGAUCAUUCAUCCCACUAUUAAUUAAUAUAUAAAAGUCUUAGUUGCCUCUACUGUUCAUUAGUAGCCCCUACUCUCUCCUCUGCGACUGGUGGAGGCCCAAACUUUUGCCCUUCAUUUGUCCACGUGAUCUGCUUCUCCUCUCACACAAAAACCCUCCAAUCCCUAUUACCCCACUCGCCGUCCAAAAACCUUGGGAUUUACUCUUUGUCCAUCGGAUGCUACUAUGUACCUCUCCACUCCCCACUCACUUUUGCUUCUCCUUUCCAUACGCAACAUUCACUAUCAGUCUGCUUCAUCUUCUUUCUUCUUGCACGGAGCACGCCAUCCCUCUCCUCCUCUCGAUGGAAUACCAAUUUUCAUCUCACAGAAAAGACUCCUAUCUUUCACAUACCUCCUCUCAUUGUCCCGUCCAUCUCUGGACUGUCGAUCAUACCUCGGCGGAAUCCCAGCUUCGCCGGACUGCUCCAUGUAGCCUUCCCCUUCUCCACCAUCCCUCCGCCACCUCCAUUAUAUUAUCAGUUGUUACCCAUUUUUAAGUGUUCCAACGAUGCCGCGUAAUCCACCAUGGUGGCCAAGUUCUCGACAAGGUGUACAUGAUCUGGAAUCACAGUGAGCAAGGACUCGGAGACUUUGAAUUCCGCCGAGGAAGUUUUGGAUACGUUGGGAGCGUCUGAAUAAGGGAAGCAACAGAGUCCAGGGAUGCCUCUGGAGGAGUGAAUUCUGCCCCUACCCGUGUUGUCUUCGAUGGAUAUUAAUGGAAAGGUUGAAGCGAUUGGAGCGACCUGAGCAGAAACCCAGCAAUUCCGCUGCGACUCGGCUGAAUCCAAGCUCCAAAAGCCCCAGAACGACCGCCUCAGCCUCCCAACUUCACCAGCCUCCUCCCGGAUCUGAUUCAAGCUUUACAGAUCUCCCCUCUUACACCAAGGUGUUGCUUACAAUCGAAUCAAUUAGGUGAAGCCAGGGUGAUGAUGGCCAUGAUGUGAGUUUGUUAAAAGCCUUCACCUUGCGUGGGGGAACAAAAAAGAAGAGGAAGGAAAGAAAAACCAGAGAUGAUGCCCAUGGAACUCAAUAGCGGCAGGUAAUUAUUUGGAAUUUCUCACCAUUACUUAUUUGGAUUUUAUUUCAGUUUUAUCUUUGCCUUUUUCUACUGCUCAGAAACGUCAAUGCUUCUAUUGGGUUUGAGAUUAUGGGUUUUCUAGAAUUGGAGGGAGGCAAGUGAGGGUUUGGAGAGAUCUAUAUUAUCACAAAAUAGCCUUUUGUUUUGGGGUUUAAAUCCUAUUUGGCAAUCCAAUUAGUUUCAUGCUUCUAGAGCCAAUUUCCUAUUCUUUUUCGCUUACUUGACCGCUCAUAGAACAAAUGAUUUCUUUUGGAACCUAGGGUUGGUUUGGACUCUAAGCUGCCAUUCAUUUUUCGCAUCUCCUUUCUGCUUCUCAACCAAACUUCUUGGCCAUUCUUGCUUUGAUACCUAUUGGUACUCUCAGCUGCUAUUCUGUUUUCAUAUCUCCUUUCUGUCCAUUCUCAAGCAUGGUUGUGUUUUUAGUUUCUUGAUUUGGCAACUCUUAAUACCUUGGCCACUACUGUGUUUUACUUACUAGCUUUGUUGCCUCUCUAUGCUCUUGCUUAUUUCUAGGUUCAAGAUUUAUUGCUUCUGGACUGUGUGGACGACAAGGUUAGUUUUGAUUUUCUUCUCAUGGACUCAUGAGUUCGUAUAUACCUUUAGUAGUUGUGAAAUGUUGAUGUCAUAUUUAUUAUAGAACCAACAGUUUGAAAUGCUUGAUCAUUUACCUUUGCUUCCAGAUUAUUAGUUCUCAUCAAAUCACAUUCUUACUGCAGUUGACUGUACAAUCCAAUCUUUUUCAGCUCUUGAAGUUAUCAAGGAAGUGCUCAUAUUCACUGUCUGAUACUGAUCGAGGGAAACAAUAUCUUUGUUGUUUUCUGUUACAGCCUUAGUAAGUGUUUCAACUCUUGGAUCGAAGCGCUUGAUUGGUUCAGUGUUGCUGGUUCUUUUUAGUUGUUUCUCAUGUUCAUGAUCAAGUUCCAAAUUAAAGCAGUAAAUUUAUAAAUACUUAGAAGUAAUUUAGAUUUGCUUGGGCUGGUUGCUUCAGAUGUUUAGGAUAUGAGCUUUUAAGGGUCUUCUACUUGCAAAUUUCAUUUAGUCUUUGUGUAAAAUGAUGUUUGAAUUCGCCUCUGGUGUGUGAAAAGUUAUAGAUUGCUGGGAGGUGAGAAUUCUUCUCUAGGUCCUGCUCUCAUUAUUAACUAUGAGUUACCUGCAGAACUCUUCUAGAUUUGCUUGCAGUUCUCCCAUUUCAAUUCAGGCAAUUUCUUUACUUGGAAGCAAAACUUUUGCGUAAUAAAGAACAUGUUCCACAUGCUUGUGUUUUUAUUAUCUUGGACCUGCAUUGUUAUUUUAUAGAUACUUAAGCUCAUUUUCGCAUUUGAUAAGGUACAUCUUUAGUGACCAUUUCCAUUUGUUUUAUGUUCAUUUGCAGCUUAUAUUAGAUUUUUAUAUGGAUACCAACAUGGGAUUUGGAGGCUAUCUUGCUUUGACGUGAUGCCCUGUUGCAGAAAGGUCACGUUAAAGUAGUGCAAGUUUUCACAAUGUCAACAGAUUGGAUGGCAAAAGAUUGGUUCUUUUAAUAUCAUCACUAAUGCAAUUUGUUUUCAAUCAUGCCCAUACUUUUUUACCUGCAGAACCUGCUACCCUUAACACCGGUUCCUAUUGUGCACGUUUUAACUGCAGAGUUAGUCUAGAAUCGACCUUCUUCUUGCUGUAUUCUGAGUGCCAGCUGUUCUUGCUCUUCGAUCCUAAGCUGCCGCAUUAUGAUCCCCAGGCAGUUCCAGAACUUAUAUGAUCGCUGCCUUUUUGAAGCUCGAACCUGCAUACCUGUAGAUUGUAUAGUAGGUGUUCGAGUCAUCUGUUAAUUGCUAGACUAUGUUUUGUUGGGAGCCUUCCCAUUAUGAAAAAUACUCAUUGUCGGUUAUGGAGUUCCAGGCUACUGCCAAUUUGCAUAAUUAUUGACCUGGUACUUCGCCUACAAACCUUAUUCUUCUUCCUUUCCCUUUCAAUCUGAGUCAUGUACUACUAUUCACAGGUUUGCUUGGCCCUUUGCUCUUUAAUUGUGAGAACACACACAACGUGGAAGCCAACAUGUGGGCACAGUCUGUAAUGUAUUUUGUAAUAUGCUUUUAUAGACAACAAUCCUGGCAUGACAAACGAAUCUAUUCAGACUUCUUUAUUAACUUUUUAUGCCAUUUAAUGCUUUGAUUAAUUACGUAUGUCCUACUUACCUUAGAAAUACAAUGAAUUAGUGUUAUUCAA